AUGCGCUUCUUCAGCGCUCUCUUCCUUGCCACCUUGACCGCCACCGGCGUCGUCACUGCCAUGCCUGUCGCCCAGCCCCACGACCUGACCGCUCUCGCUGGAGAAGGACUCCAAGACGGUGCCCCAGUUGAGGCUCUCGACAUUGAGACCAACAUCGAGACCAGAGAGGCCAGGGGCCCCAACACCCCAGCUGAUGUCAAGAAGCACGACGACAACCACAAGAAGCAGGAUGUUGGAAACUGUGGACAGGGCUGCAAGGACUCGCUUGCCUCGUACCACUCGCAAGCCUCCAAGGAUUCUAAGAACUCCAAGGCUUCUAAGAAUUCAAAGAACGGAAAGAACGGUCCUCGCGCGGUCGAGAAUGUUGAGAAUGCUGAGGAGGCUGAAGUCGAGGAGGAAGUUGAGGCUUAG